AUGGCUAAGAAACGGGCAUCUUCAUCAGCUAAACACAGUCUUUGGACGGAGCAUACUACCAUAGUGCAGGAACAAGUGGUUCAGAACAGUCCACCGGCACCAGCUGCUGCAACUACAAUUGCUUUGCCUGCAAAUUUGGUGAUCAAAUUGUUGAAUGUGUCGGAGGCAUUGGCGCCCAAUCAUGGUGGACGUGCAGGUCCUCAGGUUACUUCACAAGCACAAGCUCAAGUUCAGUUGAAUGUUGCUUCUAAUCAGACACCUCAAUUGGCCCCUCAACAGGUUGUCCAGUCUACAGGGCAAUCCAACGAGUUUAAGAAUUUCAUGGAUGUUAAGCCACCAGAGUUUGAUGCUUCACCAGGUUCUAUUGAGCCUCAAAAGUUCAUUGAUCAUUGUGAAAAGAUAUUGACUACGUUGGGGCUGAAGGAGACUCGUGGUGUGAAAUAUUCCACUUUCUUAUUCUCAGGGUUUGUAGAGUCUUGGUGGAUUUCGAUUCAGAGAGGUAGACAAGCAGGGUUACCACCUAUCACUUGGUCAAAGUUUUUACAAGGAACUAUAACUGUUACUGAGUAUGAGGCAAAGUUUACAGAUUUAUCCAGAUAUGUACCCUUUUUAGUUGAGGAUCCGAGAGAGAAGGUGAGACGAUUCGUGGAUGGACCUGAACAUUGCUAUCGUGGUCUUGUGCCACGUAACACAGGUGGGUUUAGUGGUGCUUCAUCUGGGUGCAAGAGUGGUUUUUAUCGUAGGAAGUCCAGGCCUACUCAGUUAGAGUCAGUGGUGCAGUCUUCUUGGAGUGGUUAUUCGAACAGGGCUAGCAAAUGUGAUGCAGAGGAAGGACAGGAUGUUGAGGCAUCUAAUACAGUAGUCACAGGUAUUAUUACUAUUGGUGCUCAUGGUGCAUAUGCUCUUACUGAUCUCUAUUCUACGUACUCAUAUGUAUCUCCUUCUUUUGCUAUAUUCUUAGAACUGGGAGUUGAGUCUAUUAAUGUGCCAUAUGUGGUAGAAACACUAGUGGGGGAGAGUAUAUUAGUAGAUAGAGUGUAUAGAGAUUGUGUGAUAUCGGUUCAGAGCAGGGAAACCGCAGUUGAUCUAUGUGUGUUACCGAUGUCUGCUUUCGAUGUUAUUAUGGGCAUAGAUUGGUUGGAAUCAUGUUAA